AUGGCGAAUAUGGUUUCAAUUGAUGAGCUAAGAGAUGACGAGGAAUAUGCUGAUCUUGCUGAAGAUGUAGAGGAAGAGUGCAAGCGCUUUGGGGGCGUCACUGGCAUGGAAAUUCCGCGUCCGAAGGACGGAGAAGAGGUCCCUGGUCUAGGCUGCAUCUAUGUCCGUUUCGGAAAGGAAGAAGACGCGGUGUCGGCCUUGAAGGCCUUGAACGGACGCAAGUUUGGCGGGAACAUCGUCAAGGUGACCUACUUUCCCGUGGACAAGUUCGAGAAGAACGAGCUCUUCUAAGCUACUGACGCUGACGGACUCAAGACGCCGACUACUACGCAAGGUCUAUUUUCUUUUCUUGUAUUUUUUUACAUGCGUUAAGAGGUUGCGAGUUGAGCUACUUGAAGUACGAACGUUGCGACGGACUGGCGAUUUGAAGGGGUCUGAGCAUGCUGGAAGGUUUGUACGGUGAACGUCCCCAGGACGUAAACACCCCCCGCUAACCGUACCCGUGCUGUCGCGAUGUGCACUGUAGACCGAAUCCAAUGAACUUGGCCUUCUAUGUUGUGAGCUU